AUGAUGGCAACAUCAGAUAUUGAGGCAGGGGAGGUCAUUGUAUCAGUACCGAAAGCAUUCUUGAUGUGCAAUGAGACGCUACAAAAGGUGUAUGGUCAACAUCCACUCAGCAUGCAUCAAUUGCUCGCAUUACACUUGUGUUACUUGAAACGUGAUCCAACAAGCUGGUGGAAACCUUAUGUCGAUCUUUUACCAAGUCAUUUCAAUACCAUGCCUGUUAAAUACCCACCCACUUUGGCCAAGCACUUGCCUUACUAUCUUAAAGAGGAAGUAGUACAACAAGCAAGCAAGCUGGAAUCUGAUUAUGCCAAUGUCAAUCGAUAUAUCAAGUCACGUCAAGAUUUGGGGUCUGUUGGAUACAAGGAAUAUGAAUGGGCAUGGCUAUGUGUCAACACGCGAUGUAUCCACAUGUCUACCAUUGAUGCUACAGCAAAGGGAGGAAACAUUGCCAUGGCUAUUCUAUUGGAUUUUUUGAAUCAUUCUUGGGAAGCCAAGAUAGAGAGCGGGUUUAACGUACGCACCCAAUGCUUUGAAAUUCGUACAUUGACACCUUAUCGCAAAGGCGAGCAGGUCUUCAUCAACUAUGGCCCACAUGACAACCUCGCCAUUCUACGUGAAUAUGGAUUCGUCAUCCCUGACAACAUUUACAACUUUGUCUCUUUGGAUCAAGAAGUAUGGAGCUUGUUUGAUGAAAUGGAAACGGUACGCGGCUCUCGGUUGAAGAAAUCGAUUUUGGAGAAAGAAGGGGAUUACUCGAUAAAGAAGAAUGAGAUCUCAUUCCGGUUAUUGACAGCGCUACGAUUAUUGGCUUUGGAAGGUCCUGAUUCCCGCUCUGGUUUUGAAAGGAGGUUAAUCGAUUGGCAACAAGUCGUCUCUGGUGCUAGCGAUUUGAUCAGCGUGGAUAAUGAACGGCGUGUGUUGAUCAUGCUAAAGUCAAUAUGCGAACGAACAAAUGAAGUUGCAUCCCACGAAGAAUCACUGCUUACGACUCUGCUCACAAGCCAACAGCAAUCCAUGCAUCCAUUUGCCAUCCGAUUCCUGCGACAAAUUUGGAAGGAGACACUCGACAUUAGCACGCUCACGAUACAAGAGAUUGAUCAGAAGUUGAGUGAAUUGUAG